CGAAUCCAUAUCUGGAAAAGAAAAAAGGAGAGGGGAAAAGCACCCUCGCUCGCAUGGGCCUCCUGGUCCAGCUCCCCAACCUCGCCGGCGUCCGGCGCCCGGCCGCCGCCGCCGCCUUCCCCCAGAGCUGCCGCGGCGGUCGCCUCACGGUAUCCGCCGCGGCGCCCGGCGGCCGCGUAAAGGAGGAAGAGGCCAAGGGGGCGGGGAAGAAGGAGAAGAUUGUGAUUAGAGUCUCCGACCCGGUGCGGGAGAGGAGGCUCCCGCCGCCGCUGUUCUCCGCACCGGACGAGCCGUCGGAGCGCCCACCGGGUCCGAAGGAGGGAGGGGGACGGGGUGACCAGGACGGCGAGGAGGCUAAGAAGCAGUACUACGUGAACAUGGGGGACGCCAUCCGCACGCUGCGGGAGGAGCUCCCCGUCGUGUUCUACCGGGAACCCAGCUUCGACAUCUACAGAGAUGAUAUUGUCUUAAAAGAUCCUCUCAAUAAUUUCAAGGGCAUUGUUAAUUACAAAAGAAUAUUUUGGGCACUGCGGUUUACCGGCCAAAUUUUCUUCAAGGCGGUGUGGAUUGACAUUGUCAGCAUAUGGCAGCCUGUUGAUAAUGUAAUCAUGAUUCGAUGGAUUGUCCAUGGCAUCCCUAGAGUUCCAUGGGAGGGCAAUGGCCGCUUUGACGGCACCUCUGAGUAUAAGUUGGAUAAGAAUGGGAAGAUCUAUGAGCAUAAGGUGGACAAUAUUGCCAGGAAUUCACCAACAAAGUUCAAGAUCUUGCCUGUUGUUGAGCUCAUAAGAUCACUUGGAUGUCCAUCUACUCCGAAGCCAACAUAUUUUGAGACAUCAUGUCUAUCUUUGAUUCACUGCCGUUAUUUUGGCUGAGUUUGACUUGGAUGAGAUGUAACUGAUGCUAGAAAAUUUAGCAAACGAGCAAAGGUUAAGGUCCGACCUGAUGUCUCCAAAUUUUGCCGGUAAUGCACUUCAUCUACUUACCAAAAUGAGCAGCAGUUAAUUGUAAAAGCCAUGUAUUUGUACAGCGAUAGUCCUUAAUUUAGAAAUAGCUAUAGUAGUUCCUCUUGCCCAA